AUGCUAACAAAUUCGAUCCCAUCAAUCCUCAAGCAACCUGUAGUUUAUUAUUUGGAUAGUCAGACAUCGAUUCGUUCUACGGAGGAUUUAAUAACCGUAUGUACAGGCACAAAACAUUAUAUUAUUGAUACGGAAUCAGAUCUUAAUACUCACCUACCCUCAAUUAUUCAGAUCUUACCAAUACCUGCCGACUCAUCAGCAACCCUAACGUACUACAAUCAGCUCCACCACCAUUCGUCGGAUUGUCCCGUUCGAAAAUUACAACUUGCUACACUCUUACGCGAUGAAUAUCUUCUUACUACAACACCAUAUGAUGAUCUCGAAGGGGACGAAAAUGCGGAUCAUCCGGAAUUGGAUCAUCCGAAUUGCGAUUUUCGUUCAUAUAAACAUCCAGGCAACCCCUGGAGCUUACAACGAGCAUUAGUUCUCCAAUUUGGGUUAUUUUUUUUUAAGAACCAUACAUGUUCAAAUUGGAGUGCCGGUAUUGAUUUACAGCUACGUACUUGGAAAUUUCAUAAUGACAAAUUAAGACGAGAACAACGGCAGAUCAGACAAGAACUUGAAUUAUACGCAAUCAACGAUGUUAUAGCAGUGUGG